CCCGUAGGAUUUUGUCAGUAGGCACAGUGGAAGUGUCUAGGACGGUGUGGUGAAUAAAAAACAGAGGAAUCAAAUUACUUGAUUUAGUGGAUCAACGAAUGUUUUAGUGCUCAUGUGUUGUGUUGAGUAAAACCUUGUUUAUUUGAAAAUGCCCUACCUGGAUCAUCUACACGAAAACUAUACUGUGCUACGGCCAGAGGCACGCCUUUCGCCUGAAACACGUUACCUGGGCUGGAAUGUGGCCCCCGAAGACCUACCGCAUAUACCAGAACACUGGUUGAAAUAUCCUGAACCGGAAUCGUCCCUACAUUACCUGUUAGGAUUGUUGUAUGUAGCCUUUACGGUAUUCUCUCUUGUCGGCAAUGGAUUGGUGAUAUGGGUCUUUUCGUCUGCAAAAUCUUUGCGGACCCCUUCUAACGUUUUCGUCGUAAACCUGGCUAUAUGUGACUUUAUAAUGAUGCUCAAAACACCCAUAUUUAUUUACAAUUCCUUCACCAAAGGAUUCACAGCUGGCCACCUUGGCUGCCAGAUAUUUGCAUUUAUGGGCUCGAUAUCCGGCAUCGGUGCAAGUGCUACCAACGCAUGUAUAGCCUACGAUAGAUUCAAUACCAUCGCUCGACCCUUCGAAGGAAGACUAACACACACAAAAGCGAUCUGCAUUACAAUUUUUGUGUAUCUAUAUGCCAUCCCAUGGGCAACUUUGCCAUUGCUCGAGAUUUGGGGACGAUACGUACCAGAGGGCUACCUUACAUCAUGUACGUUUGAUUACCUCACCAAUACUUUCGACACUCGUAUGUUUGUUGGUACUAUCUUCACUUUCAGCUACGUAUUACCGAUGAGUCUCAUCAUUUAUUACUAUAGUCAAAUAGUUAGUCACGUGGUCAAUCACGAGAAAGCCUUGCGUGAGCAGGCCAAAAAAAUGAACGUUGACUCAUUGCGUUCAAAUCAAAACCAAGCCAAUACGUCGGUCGAGGUGAGGAUAGCUAAAGCUGCCAUCACAGUUUGCUUCCUGUUCGUUGCAUCUUGGACCCCAUAUGCAGUGUUGGCAUUGAUAGGUGCUUUCGGUAAUCAAAGUUUGCUAACACCAGGAGUAACCAUGUUCCCCGCAUGUGCUUGUAAAUUUGUUGCCUGCAUCGACCCGUACGUGUACGCUAUUAGUCAUCCAAGGUACAGAGUGGAAUUACAGAAGCGAUUACCGUGGUUAGCUAUCACUGAAACUUUGCCAACUGAUACCGCAUCAACAACUACCGAAGCAGUUUCAACCAACACAGCAGCACCGGCAUCUUCUUAACUCGUUUUUAGUUUUAUAAUUUUUCUCAAAAUUUACGAAUAAAACAUUCAAAAUAUGAAGACCCUUGCAAUAUAUCUCAUGGACAUGAUAACUGGACAAACCUGCGUCGAUACAUUGUUUUGGAGAACUGCAAUAUGUUCCAAAUGAGUAGGGAAGUAGAAAAGACGAGUAGGGAAAUUCACAACGCUCAUUCAAAAGAUUUCUAUUGAUAUCAAACAUUCAAACCUACUUCUAAUAUUUUUCUAUUCUCUUUUCUUUUUCAUUUUGUUAAAUAAAGAUUUAUUUGUACAAAGCUCUGAUUCCUCAAAAACUAAUUUGAAAAACUCUUCUGUAAUCAACAUACUGAUUUAUUUUUCUAAUUUUGCAUGAAAUUUAUCAGAGUUGCAAGCUAUUACCCAGCGUGAUAGUGUUUUCGACGCAGUGUUAUGGAAAUAAAAUAUUCAAUUGAUUUUUUCAAGCAAAUAAAUUCAUAAUGAAUUGUCAAGUUGGCAAA